AUGGCGAGUAUACUAGCUGCUCGAGAUCAGGAAAAUCUCAUACAUGCCCAUCAAACCACGGCGGCUGGGAAGCAUCUCAACCAGAAUAUUAGAGCACUACAUUCCAAGACUCCAGCCAACCUUAAGACUCCUUUCAGAUCAGCAAAGAACGAUGAGAACCUACCUAUCACACUCAAGGCUCAGAAGAAUAUUGGCAGAGAUGGGCCCAGCAAAGAGGACAAGGGCUCCUUUGUCACACCAGUAGCUCCACGAAAUCGAGCGCCCCUCGGGGCAAAGACGACGAAUGCUAGAGCUUUCCAGACCCCUGCACCUUUGACAUUAAAACCGGGCAAGACGCACCAGAAGGCUUCGACGGGCGGUCGACGCUCGAACCGAUCAAAGAUUGCAGUCGCUCGAUCAGAACCCGUCGAUACUGAUGUCCUAUUAGAGCAACCACUAGAGGAGGAAGAGCCGGAUUUCGGAUAUGCUCCGCCCGCACCUGUCGAGCUCCCAGACCCUCCAAUUGAGUUCGAAGAAGACCAUGAGCUUACAGAAGAACUUCGACGUGGCUACGGCCUGGCCUACCCCGUUGACUCGCCAAAAGAUGAGAACGGAUUUUCCCUCAGACUGAGAAAGGAAGAGGAGGAAUGGAAAAAACAAGACGAAGAGCGGAUCCAGAAGAGUCUCGAGGAGCUGGGGAAGCCCAUAUUCCCUACGGUUGCCGAGCUCAACAAGCAAGUUAAUAACAUGAUCGCUGCAGGCCCGAAGAAGCGCGCUCCGUUAUCAAGAGUGGACUCGACUGAGGCAAGAUGUGCUGUUGCUGCACUCUCUGAACCCCAGCCUCGACUGCCAUCCGCUGCCACAAGAUCUACCCAGGCAUCAGAGCAGAAAAAGCGGGAUCUUCUCUUGGGAACGAAACCUGCUUCUCUGGCUGCACGGAACCCACCAACAUCAACUCGACCGAACCAUUCCGCCCUCUCUAGAAACACCAUCGGGUUCCCGAAAGCAAAGAAAGCUCCGUCCAUAAUGCCUAGAAGCGUCGCCAUCUCGGCCCCCAAGCCUGUCAAGAUCGACCAAGGGUCCAUUCACCCGCGAGACUUUCGAGAUUUGUACGGUUCCCCACCGGUUGAGAGCGACAUGUGGUUCCGACUGAAAAAGUAUGAGUUGCUCGAGGAGGACCUGGCCAAAGACAAUGCUGAUAUUGAGGAGGAACUAUUUGAAAGCGAUUUCUUCCCGUUCGACAACGCAAAGUUGGACGACGAAGACUUCCAAUUACCCAUGCCGGAGUGA